CUUAUCGCUGAUUUCAAUCUCCUUUUUUAUAAUAAAAAAAGUGAUAAAUUAAAUUGAAAUUAUAAUAAAUAUAACAAAUUAAAAUAAAAAAUUAAAAUAAUAAAUAAAAAUAAAAAAAUUAAAUUUUAAAAUAGUACAUACCGGAACUAACCUAUUAGCUGGGCUUUUCUACACAGAUGUUUGAAAUAAGGAUACUAUUUCAUCUUGAAAAGUUGUUAUAAUGGAGCAAAAUAAAAAUAUUUCCACAAGGCUAUUUUUCACAUCAUUCGUUGAAAACAAAGAUGAUUUUGAAGAAAAAUUGGAGCACUGCCAUAAUGUAUUGCAAAAUAUAACAGCUAAUUUAUCAGAAAAAGAAGCUCAUGAUAGUCUCAAUAAUGCUGUUUGCAAAGAUAAAACCCAUGAAGAAAUUUCUCUUGGUUUGUUAAUUGAAAUUUUAACUGAACCGCAAGCAGCAUCUAAUAGUUACAGAGAUUUGACAUUGCUUACUCGUGAUGGAUUAGCAGUUGUUAUAGCUUCAUUAAAUCAAAUAGUUCUAGAAAAAUACAUAAAAUUGACUGAUGUUGCUAAAAAUCAACUUAUGUGGUUGUUACGAGAGAUGAUCAAAACUAAUGUUAAUAAUGUAGAUAAUUUAUGUUUAAGUUUAUUAAGACAUGCAGCUGGUGGUGAUAUUUCUAGUCGUAAUAUUUUUCUUGUUGAAAAUUUAUUAGAAAUAUUUCAUGAUAACCGAUCUUGGCUGGAUAAAUUUCCAUAUUUAAUAGCAUCUAUAGUAUAUACAUAUCUUCGUUUAAUAGAGGAUCAUAGUGCAACUCAUUUGUCUAAUUUGAGACAAAAAGAAGUUACAUUUUUGGUUUGUUUGAUUCGAGAAAAAAUAACAGAUUGUUUGGUGAUUGGAAGAGAUUUCAUUAGACUACUACAAAAUGUUGCAAGAAUCCCAGAAAUCGAGAUCUUAUGGAAAGAAAUACUUCUUAAUCCAAAAUCAUUGAAUCCAAACUUUAAUGGUGUUUUACAGUUUUUACAAACACGAACAUCUCGAAGAUUUUUACAAUCAAGAUUAACUCCUGAUAUGGAGCGAAAGCUUGUAUUUUUAACUAGUCAAGUAAGAUUCGGAAACCAUAAACGAUAUCAAGAAUGGUUUCAGAGACAAUAUUUAGCAACACCAGAAUCACAAACUCUGAGGUGCGAUUUGAUAAGAUUUAUCGUUGGAGUGAUUCAUCCAACAAAUGAAUUACUUUGUUCUGAUAUAAUACCACGAUGGGCUGUAAUCGGGUGGCUUUUCACUACAUGUACUAUGCCAGUUGCUGCUAGUAAUGCUAAACUUGCACUUUUUUAUGAUUGGUUAUUUUUUGAACCAGAGAAAGAUAAUAUUAUGAAUAUUGAACCUGCUAUAUUAGUAAUGCACAAUUCAAUGAGGUCACAUCCAGCAGUCACAGCCACUUUACUUGACUUCUUAUGUAGAAUUAUAUCAAAUUUUUACCCACCAAUUGAGGAAAAAGUAAAACAUGGUAUAUUUUUAUCUCUCCGAAAUAUAUUAGAAAAACGUGUUUUACCAAGUUUACACCCGUUAUUCGAUAGUCCCAAGUUAGACAGAGAAUUGAGAGUCAAAAUUCGAGAUACAUUCAAAGAGUUUUGUGUAUCUUUUGACACAGGUAAACCAGAAGAUGCAAAUAAAGAAUUUACAAUAGAUACAACAACGUAUGGAAGUACCUUACUUUCGAGUGAUGAAAAUCAUAUUGUAGAGCAGGAAUCUACAUUCAGUGACGAAGAAGAAGAAAUAACUGGAAGUAUAACAGUACGAGUGGAAAAUAUUGAAAUAAUAUCACCGGAUAAAAUUUUAGCAAAAAACACCCAUAAGUGUAAUAUUUAUGAUAAAAACAGUUUUAUAUCGUCAACCAUCCCAACGGAAUUUCAACAACUUAAAAAUUUAAUAGAAAGUUUAUAUUAUGAAAGUGAUAAUGAAGUUAGAUGUCAAACAACAGAAAAAGUAAUACAGAUUAUAUUAGAAGAGGAAAUUGAUGCUGAUAUAUUAUCUACUUUAGUCUCUUAUUUAUCCAAUAAUUUGUUGAAACAAAUUGAUUCAAUUAUCUUUCCAAAUAGUCCCAAUGAUGAAUCAUUGAUCGAUAGUAUCAGUACCCCACUAUUUGUCAUGUUUAGAAACCAAUUUCAAUUGUGUAAAGAAGAAGAUUAUAGAAAAAAAAAGCUAUCUGCUGUAUUAUGUGAAUUACAAAUUAUUCAACCUAAAAUAGGUUACUUACUUCUGUAUUUUCUCAAAAUUUGGAGCAAUGAGGAAGAAAAACGUGAAUGCGAAAAGAGUGACAUAAAUCGAACGAAAAUAAUAGUAUACAGCGAUUUUUGUUCCCAAAGAGAAGUUAAUUUAGAGGACUGUUUAUUUGAAGAUUUAAAACGUUGCCACGAUAACGAUAUUUCUAUGUUAUGGUUUUUAAUACCUGAUGUUUACAUGGCCUUCCCACACUUCGUAAUUGGACACAUACGAAUUCUCCAUUUAGUUAUUUCGACAGUAGAUUCCUCGCAGUUGCAAGAUUUAAUUUGUUGGAUAAUUCAAGGUCAUUUGAAAAUGUUGAAAGAGGAUGAUUCAAUAACAAUUAUUACCUUCAGCUUAGAUUGGGAAACAUUUGAACAGUAUUGCCUCUGGCAGCUAAUCUCUGCUCACAAUUUUUCUAUUGAAUGCACCUUGCCUAUUUUACCCACUUUAGAAUAUCAAAUCCAUGCCGAAGCAUUAACUUCUAUUUUGUUCAUGCUAAAAAGAGAAACGCCUUCUCAAGAAAUUUUAAAGCAUUUGUUAGCUAGAAAAAAUACAGAUGGAGAUAUGUUUGUAGCAGCUAUAUUGAAAUACUGGUGUCACGAACAUGAAAAUAUUUUGUCAGAGCUUUUAGCUGCUCUAUUGUGUACACGCUUUCCAGUAACUAGUCCUAGUAAACGAAAGCGCAGUAGUAACAAAAAUCAUGCUGGAACAUCAUUUUUCCCAACCGGAGAACAGAUUUUAUCACAUUUAGACAAACUACGUCAAUACUGUAUUUGCUCAUCUGAGUUACAGUUAUAUCAUACCAUCGCAAUGCAGAAAGCAUUGCAGCAAGUUCAACUUACUAGUUCUGAUCUACUGCGUAAGAAAUAUGGCGAUUUAUUUGCUUUAGCUGAGUUAUGUGAAGAAAAUUCAUCUUCUACGUUAAGAGGCUCUACAAGGAAAAUUUCACAUACUACAAAUUAUAAUUCAAAUAAAGGUUUACAUAAAAGAAUCAUAACUCAUUCAAAAGAUGAGGUUGUACUAAAGAAAGUUUCAACAAAAGAAAAAACUAUUGAUAGUAGUGAUCAAACAAGCGACAAAAAGUAGAUAAUUUGUUAGCAUCCAUAGUCUCCAGCAAUUUUCACUUUUUCAACAUGAGUGAGAUCGAUUGUAUAGUCGGUCGUUUGGAUAACUCUAGAUCUUGUAAAGUCAUAUAUUUUAUUAGGAAAAUUUAAUUGCUUUUUAAGAUUUAGAUGCGCAAGAUUUGAAACAUCUUCGAUAUAGAGUACCAAACUUUCCUCUGAUUCUCAAUGGUUUUAUUUGUGCAAAUCAUCGAAAAUAAUACUUAGUAGAUUUUCCUGAACGUCAACUAAACUGCUGCAACCCUUUAAAUGAACAUUCUGGAAUUAAAAAAGGUUUUAGAACUCUUUCUUUAGAAAAUUGUGAUAAAUUAUAUAGUAUUUGCAAUAUAAUAGCUCCUUCUGGUGGGAAACUUUAUACUACGUGUCGAGCUUCUAUGCUACAGAAAUUUAACGAUUGGGAAUCAAAACAGAAUAUCUUGGCUGUUGAACAACACAGUUCUGCAAACAUUCAAGAAAAAUCUGAGA